AUGGCGGUGGAAGCGCUGGGCGUGGCGCUGCCCUCGCGCGUCGAGGAGGCGCGGCGCCUGUUCGUCUCCCUGGUCCUUCCCCAGCACCCCGGUUCCUUCCGUCCUUCGCUUUCUUCUGGUCCUCUGGUUCGGGCUCCUCUCGCUCGCGACAUCGCCUCGCUUUCCUCCGCGUCUUCCGCGCUUGAUCCGCAAGGGAUGCUCGAGCGCCUCCAGCGCACGCUCUCGGCGUGCCUCAGGGCGGUAGAGGAAGAUGCUGCAGACCUCUCCGAAGCGACUCGAUUCGCGGUCUUCCAGGUGCUCUUCGGCGGCGCGGAGGAGAGCGCAGCAGAGGCAACUGAGGAGGAUAUAGACGCGGUAAAACGCAAGGAGGGCAGGGCGCCUCUGUGGCGACACAAACCUUCAAGCGACAGCCUGGAAAACGGCGGGCUACUCGGCGUUGUCAGUGCGACGGCGCUCCAACAGGAACCCCCCCUGUUUCCAACGCUGAAAAGAAAGGCCCUCGAGCUCUGUCAGCGCGUCGUCGCUACCUUCGAUCCGUCCCAGCACGCGAAGCGAGAGGCCCUCGUGCUUCUGAAGGACGCGCUGUUUGCUGCGGUCGUCGCUCGCGCUUCAGCGCCCUCUCCGGUUCCUCCCUCCGCCUCCUCGGCUUCUUAUCCGGUUUCGUUUUCUACGACUCCCAACCCCGACGGCGGCGGCCUGCUCCUGCCUGCGCAGCCUCGAAAGGGUAGCAGCCUCAGCAGCGAAUCCGCGCGGCAUCCGGCGGCCCGCGAGGCGCUGCGAGAACAAGACGAUGACGACGAGGAGGCCGACAACACCGACGAAAGCGGAGAUCUGCCUCGGGGAAGAGAGCGCGCUGCAAGGGAGAUCGAAGCGCAGAUUGACUUGUCAGUGCUGCUGGAGCACGUCGCGGCCGAUCUUCUAGAAAGAAGGAAGAUUCUCGGCGCAUCCACGAGAGGCGCUGCUCUUCUUCUCCUUGGCGUCCUGUCCUACCUGUUUCCAUCCUUUUUCAGCCGCCAUCCGACGCGGAGGACGGAGAUCCUUCGUCUGCUUGUCCACGCGCUGCAGCAGCGGGAGGGGGCAGCCGCCGAGGGCGCUCCGGCGGCACAGAAACUUGAGGAAUCGCCUCUACAGGCGUCCCUCGAGGCGCUGCGUUUCUUCCUCAAGAGACAUGCCACCGCCUUCUUCUCGCUUGCGCGCCCGCUUCGGCUCUCCCUCUACGCUGCCCUUGUGGUGCUGGUCACUCCAGCGUCGCGCCUCGCGGGCGAUCCGCUCCACGACGCGAGAGAGGCGGACCGCGGCUCUGCAGGGAAGAGGCAAAGGGUGCAGGCGCCAGCCCCGUCUGCGACAGGCGAGAGUGAGUUCCUGGGAGGGCACGGAGAGACGCGACGGACCCAAAACCCGCCUUGCCCUCUGCCUCGCGUGUUGGCCUCUCAGCCGCGCGGGGCCGAAGCCGUGAGUAUGCGGCUGCAGCUCGCGGCGCUGCGGCUGCUUCAGGCGCACGCGGCGCUGUUCGCUGAAAGCCUGGCGACCGACGUCUCCUUGGGCGAGGCCUCGCGAGAGCGUCUUUUCGCCGAGGAGGUCGGGGAGAAGCUGCGGAAGAAAACAAACUCCGCGCGCGAAGGCGACCCGCUGGCGCUUGAUGUACGCCCGCCUGAGCCUCUCCCACGCCUCACGCUUGCAGACUCAGAUGUGCCUCUCUCCUUCGGCGCGGCAGAUGAGGACGACGACGCGUUCGGCGAACAGGCCCCAGGGAGGAGCUUCAGCGUCGUGGAGAGUCUGCUGUCCGUUGCAACAGAGAGCGGAAAUCCUCGCCUGCGCGCAGUCGGCGCCGCAGCCCUGGAGGCGGUUGUGAAGGUCCUCCUUCUCUUCGCCUUCCGCCCCUACGCGUUCGCCACGCUCUUCGCGCGCCAGACUGGGCUCGGUCUCGCGGCCGCGUCUCCGCCGCGCAAGAGGCAGGCGAAACUCGAGCGAGUAGAGCGCGCGACGCGCGAAGAGCAUGGGGUGGAGGAGGAGGGAGAGGAAUCGGACCCGUUUUUAGCCUUCGCCGGCCUCUCAGAGGGCGACCGCGACGCGUGCCGACGACGCAUGCAGAGGCUCCUUCACAGCGUGUUCAGAAGGCUCGUGUUCGAGUCUCGCGCGUUCCUUCUCAGCUUCAACAGAUUCGCCAGCCUCGCCCUCGACCAAGAGGAAACGGCAGACACGCUCAAACGCUGCAGCGUUUUCGGGCGCCUCCUCGUUCUCCUCUUGCAGCCCUCUCUGUCGUCAUCUUUCCAUCUCGCCGCUUCUUCACGUUCGUCUGAACUCCGCUCUCCGCCUCGCUUCCCUGGGACCCCAAGCAGCCUCUCUGCGUCUCCCUCGGGGCUGCCUCCGUCUCACUCUGUUUUUUCUGAUCUUUCUGCUUGUUCUUCUUCUUCGUCAUCGCUUGUGUUCCGGCCUUGGUACCUGUGCGGCGUGAGCGACGCGUCCGCAGUUUCUGUCGGGUUCGAGGGCGCCCGAUGUCUUCUGCACGUCUCACGUGCGCUUCUCGGAGCAGUCGACCUGCCUCCCUCAGCCGCCCCGGGCGAGGGCGUGCCCUCCGCGCCGGCGCGGCCGCGGCCGCCUGCGAGGAGACCGAGGCUCUCUCUGGUGCUUUCGGGGCUGCUGGCCAAGCACGCGCCUCCGCUGGUGCUCGCGGCGGCCCGGCUUAUAUGCGGAUUCCUUCUUCCGCUCCUCGAGGCGCGACGGAACGGUCCCCCUGAGGGGCAGCCCGCGAGUGGAGGCGACGGCGCUAGUCAGGCGAGAGGCGUCAAGCGACCGCGGGAGAGCCGCGGAGGCGGAGACGCAGGAGGGGUGAGGGACUCGGCGAGGCGCAGAGAGCGGCAAGUGCUGAGGGCAGUGCAGCGCCAGUGGAGCUUGCUGGGCGACGCGGCACGGCGUCUCGUGCGCCUCUUCCUCGACACUGACGCGCUGUACGUCUACUCGUUUCAGAAGAAAGUGAACAUCGCCAGCGCCUUUGGAAUGGCAUGUGGAGCGCUUGCGGCGGGCCGCAGCCUGGAGGCGGCGCGGCUCGAAGCCGAGCGUAGCCGCGGCUUCCAAAGCCUCGCGGGCGAAGAGCGCCCAGCGGCGCGGAGAGCCGAGGCGGCAGCAGUGGCGAAGAUGCAGGAGGCCAGCGACACGCGAGAGCGGCGCCCGGAGUCUGAAGACGAUGAGGAGGACGAAGACGACGAGGCCGGCUGGGAUGAGCCCGGCGAGGGCGGCGAGGGGGACGCGGGCCUCUCUGCUGGCGAGUUGCUCGACGUGGCUGUCGAGGAGACUGUCCUUCUGGCUGUUCAGAUGGGCGACGGCGCCGGAGGCGCAGAGGGGGCAGACCUGGCGCCGGGCGCCGCCUCGUACUCCCGCGCCUUGCCUGUUGCUGCGAAGGCGCCUGGAGGAGGGGCGGAAGUGCCUGAGGCAGGCGCGCGCGCGAGCGCCGAGGACCUCGAGGCGCUAGACGCGCUGGAGCCUGCCGAGAGAGACACACUGGCCAUGGGAGAGCUGUGGAGGCUUGCGCUGACUGCUCUGCAGGCCGCGGAAGACCGGGUAGUCCCCUCCGCCGCGCCGCGGCUGGCGCCCGUCGACAGACAGCGCGAGGGAGGGAUCGCAGACGACGAGGAGGGAGAGGCAAGUCCCGAGGGGGGGCGUUCGUUGUGGCUGCCGCGCGCGACGAGCGCGGAGAGCCGAUUCGAGAGAGAAGCAGAAGAUGCGCCACGCGCCAUAGACGCGGAGCAGCGAAUCUUCGAGGCUGCGCAGGCCGUCGGGGCUCAGCGGCUGACUCGAUCUCCGAACGAGGACGAGGCCGUCGUUUUUUUCGCGGCGUUCUCUCCGCUUUUCUGCUUUGCCGACGCCUUCUCGCUAUCGAGGCAGGUUGCGGACGCGCUCCUGCGUUCUUCUCUAGGUUUGUUUCGCCUCGCACUCGGCGCGACGAGCUCGUUGAAUCACGCGCGCGAGAGGCUGCUUCAGCGCCUGAGCCGCGCAGUCGCCUUUUCCGCGUCUGACCUAGCCGUCAGAGAAGAGGGGGGAAACGAGGAUGCCGAUCGGUCGCUCCUUCCCUGGCGUUCUUCUUUCCAUUCUUCAUCCGCCUCUUCUUCUCUUCAGGUCGACUCCCCGACGGGCGUCCGCAGCUCGUCGCGCGUCUCUGCACUCGAAGAAGGCGCUCCUGGGGAGUCGCGCGGCGCCGCCUCGGGCGCGAAGGCCGACGGCGAGCGAGAAGGCGGCGACAGGGACGGGGGAAAGGCGGCGGCGGGAGGAAGCGAAGAGAACGCGACGCGCCUAGCGAGCCUAGAAGGCGUCGCAGAGACGGUUUUUGAAGCAGCUGUCGCGGAGCAGCAAAGCGCCGCUAUUGAAGAGACUCACAGGCGGCUCGCGACCCUCCUAGAGACGACGUUCGCCCACGAGGGAGCUCUGCUUCCUUUGCUACUGACCUGGGUCGAGGCCUUCGCCUCCUCGGCAUCUGCGGCGCUUGCCGCGGGUGACAGGUUGUCGUCUUUUUCUCCGCUUUCUGCGCCAUGUUUCCUCUUGGCGCUGCGGCCUUUCCUUCUCGGCUGGACGAAGGCUGAGGCGGACUUCUCCGCGUCACUACUUAGUCUCCAGCACCGAGCGUCGAAAGGCUCGUCUUCUGCUUUCUCAACUCCCUCGUCUGCGGUGCCCGCGGCUUCUCCGGAGCCCAUUUCGUUCUCUUCUUUCUCGUCUUCCGCUUCGUUCGCUGUCGCGGCUUCUUCACCCUCCACCUGUCUGUCAGCCUCCGCAGGCCGCGUGCUGCGCACUCUGGAGGCUGUGCGGCGGAGCUUGGCUCUGUUUUGGUUCGAGCUGAGUGGUGCAUGCGUAGAGGAAGACACGAUGCGUGCGCUGGGCUCCGAGACAUCCAAGGGCGAUGGACCUGCGGGCAGUUUUUCUGCGUCGCGCGCGGAUUCGACGUCUGCGCUGUCUGCCGCUCUGCAACUGCUGCUCGCGGCGCCCGCGGCGACGCUCGUUCAGGAGCGCCGCACGCUGGUGCCUCUGCUGCUGCGCCGUGCCCUCGCCGAGGGCCUCAUCGACCUCCACCUCGCUGAACUAGCUGUGACGCUUCUUGAGAAAGUUGGCGACGCGGUCGCGUCGUUUGUCGACUCUCUCUCGUCUUCUGUUUCUGUUUCCUCUUCGCUUUGUGGUUGUCCUUCUUCUUCUGUCUCUCUGUCUUCGUUUUCCUCUCCUUCUUCUUCGUCGGCUUCUGCCGCUUCUUUGUCGCCUUCUUGUCUGGCGGCCCUGUCUCUCGCGCCUUCUCCGUGGGUGGGUGUGCGCAUUUCGUCCUCCGAUUUGCUUUCUUCGCUGGACAGCCUGACCGCCUCUCUGCUUCCGCUGCUCAAGCCCUACGUCGUUGCCGCCGCGGAUCUCACGGGCGUGGGCGCGAGCGCAGGCGAGAGCGACGACGCGCUAGACGCGUUGCUGAGUUCGUUCUCCGCCGCUGAGCUUCGUCGCGCGAAACAGAGGUACCAAACCUGCGCCGGUUGCGCCUCGAGUUCUACGGGCACGGAUGCGUCUUCUCGCCUUAGCGAGCUGGCGGAGGGAGGGCGACGAGGAGCUUUCGCGCGCGCGGCUCACUCUGCGAGUCCACAGGUGCUUCUGGGGCUGCGCAUUUUGAGGGUUUUGGGCGCGGGCGUGUCGCGGCUCGCGCAGCUGGAUCGCAGCGAAAAGCCGGAUGCAGAAAGCGAGAAGGGAGAGCAGCCGACGAGUCUUCGCGCGUCCCUCGCGCUAGUUCAGACCGAGACGCCGGCGCGCUUCGCGCUCUGGUUCGCGGAGAUUCGUCGCGGUCUUCUCGAAGUGCCCCUGCAGGUCUACGCUUCCUCUCUCCCCCGUUCGUCUCCGUCCGCAGCGGCCUUUUCGCGAGCGCCCACGGGGCCGGCGUCCACGCAGGACGCGCGGGAGAGCUUCUCGCUGGCGACGCUGCGCCUCGAGGCCCUCCUGUCUGGUGUGAGGAGAGCCGCCCUCACCGCCACAGACCGCCAGCACCGCGCGAGCGCCUGCGAGCUGAUUUUCGUCUUCCUUUCGUAUCUGCGCGGACAGGCGGCUCGCUCCCUCGCCUCGUUGCGCGAGGAGGAAAGGCGAGGACGCGAGAGGACGCUCCGCGCCGAAAAGAGCGGCCGCUGCGAGUCGAUCGACGCACUCCGCCAGCAGCAGAAGAUGUGUCGGCAGCUGGUCGCGGCGGUGUAUGAACACCUCCUCGUCCCCGUCGUGCUUCCGCUCUGCAGCGAAACGCGGAACGACCCCGUUCCGAGGAGCCUUCUGCUGCCUCUGCUGACGCAGAUUCUGGCAGAAGUCGCAGACGAAAGCUGUGCGUACGGGAGCGAAGAACUCGGCACGGACGAGCGACUGGUCGCCCUUCAGGACGUCCUUUUCUCAGCCGUGACGUCUCCCGCGUCGUCGCCUCCGCUUCGCGCUCUGGCGGCUUCUGCCUUUGCGUCGCUUCUUCUUCACGUCCUCCACGUCGCCUUUUCUAUCUGCUCUUUUCUCUUGGCGCUCUUGCCCGCCCCUCGUUCCUCCUCUUUGCCAUUUCCAGCUGCUCCUUCGCGUGUCGCGCCGUCUUUUUCGGCUUCGCCUGCGAGGCUCGUGCCGUUUGCCGACGCAGCCGCGGCGCUCGAGACGGACGAGGAGGCGGCGCGGCUCGCCGCCCGCGCGUCAGCCUCACAGGCUGUCUGCGAAGCGCUUCUGCAGCGGAUGCAGCUGGCGCUGCUCCUUCCGUCAGCGAGUGCGCGCUUGGGGGCGGCCGCGAUCCUCUCGCACCUCCUGCCGCUCUUUCACUUCCCGUUUGCAGCGAGUGAUUCGCGCGAUGACGUCCCGCACCUCGACCUCUUCUCCGACUUCUUUGUGCGCCGCCUGCCUGAUCUCCUCCUCGCGCUGCUCGCCUCCUUAUCCGAGAGCCGUCGGCGCGCGCUGAGGGAAGGCGGCGGCGAGGGCGCGAGGCGGUCGCCUGCGACGCGCGCCGCAGCAGAGACGCCGACUCACGCCGCGGCGGACUCUCAGGCGCGAGGCCGAGUGCAAGAAGAGCGCAAAGAGGAGAGCGAACAAGCCGCGCGCGAGGCUCAGACUGGACGCGCAGACGCGCCGAGGAGAGAGGAGGCGCGCGAAGGAAGCGAUGUGCCGGCGCAGGGAAGAGACGGGGAGAGAGCGGACGCGGCAGCCGCUGACUCGGGCGCGGCGAGCACGAGAAGCAGACAGGCGCGCGCAGAGGGAGGCGACGCCGUGUCAAGUUCGCGCGAGCUGCGAAGCGAGAGGGGAAUUCAAAGGGCUAUCGAGCGCGCCGUGGCCCCCGUGGCAGAGUGCGUCGCUGCCGCGACCACGAAUCCGCGGACGCUCCACGCCUUGCUGGCGCGGCGGCGAAGGGAGGCGGCCGACGGCGGAAGCAGAGACGCAGAUCACGAGGAGGCGAAGAGACUGGAAGGCGAAGGAGACGGCAAGACCGAGCGCCGCGCAGGAGGAGUGGGAAGAAGCCGCGAGGACGAGAGCGAUGAGCUGACGCAGGUCGCUGGAGCAGGCGCAGAAAAACUGUUGCAGUUCGCGAACGCGCUGUGGCCAUACGCAGUGGGCGAGUCUUCUUCUGCGUGCGCGUCGAUCGCGCGGCGAACCCUCUCGCGGCUUUCUGCCUUUUUUCAGACCGAUGCGUUCGUUGAACGCCUUUCUUCUUCGACGCCUGCUUCGGCAGCAUCUGCCCCGCGUGCUGCGUCUCCGCGAGCACCUUUUCAGGGCUCGCCGCUGCCUGGAGGCUCAUGCGGAGAAGACGUUGCGGCGAAGGCGCGCGUCAAUGAGGCGCUGAGGCGCGCGGCCCUGGCGGCACUUGAGCGCGCGGCUGGGGCGAGCUUAAACACCGGAGAGGAAUUAGAAAACUCCGUGGAUGGAGCAGAGCCCGAGGCCUGCCUGCAACCGCUUACGGCGUCUGCCCCUCCCCAGCUAUUCCCCGGAGCGACGCCUGGCUCUUCGUCUGGCUCGUCUUCUUCUUUUUCUUCUUCGUCUUCUCUCUCUUCUUCUUUUUCAUGUCCUUCUUCUUCGUCCGCUUCUUCCGCUUCUUCUCGCAUUUCGUUUUCGGGACUCUGGCGUGUGUUGCGGGCAUUCGGCGCGCUAAUGGACGCGGGCGCGUGGCUGCUCGCCUCAGGCUUGAUUUCGCCUCUCGACCUGACUCAGCGGCAGAUCGGGACGCUUCUACUUGGCUGCAUGCGCGUGUGCCUCACCUCAUCGCCAACCGAUUCGUCGGCCGCUCCCUCGUCGCCUUCCUCGUCUUCGGCGUCCGCGAUUGCAAACGUCUCCCCGCCGCUGUCUCCCUUUUCUGCCUCACCGCCUUCUUCUGCUGCUGGUUCGCUCGCACUGUCCGGUCUCGACUUCCCCGAGUCAUCGCCGCUGUCCGCUUCGAUUUCAGAUCAUUCUGAUGCUGCUGGGGCGAGCUUCGAGCAGGCAGCGCCGCUGUUCGCGGCGAGCUGGCGGGCCUCGGGGGCUGUCGCAGCCUGUGGCACGGACGCCAUCUCCCCCACAGAGACGCAUAUGCUCAUUCGCCUCCGCGGCGAGCUCUUCAGCGCCGCCCUCAGAACAGCGCGGCUCCUGCUGCAGGCCUCAGCUGAAUACGCGUUUCGCACGCCCAGGCAUUCGGAGCUUCCUCCAUCCGCCGCGUCGCCUUCGUCCGCGCUGAGUCGCUCCGCGGAUCCGGCGGGCGUUUGCGACAGAGAUCACGUCACUUCGCUUGCCGCACACCAGCGGAGAAAGCUGCCGUGGGGUGCGGCUCCCCAGACAGGCGACACAAGCGCACGAGAAGACGAGAAGUUGGACAAAAGUGAGAAAAAAGAAGGGCGCGGAGGCAGAGACCAGGAAACGAUUAGCGAGGGAGAGGGCGGCGACGGAGAGGGGGAAGAAACAACACCGAAGGUACCGAAGAACAAAGAAGGAGGAAGGCCGUUAAAACGACUUGAAGCUGAAGUGUCGAGGGAGGGAUGCGUGCUGUUCCCGGAGGGAGAGGAGGAAGAAAUGCAUCUCUUCGCGACCUUGUUCAGCGCCAUCCUCGCCCCGAGGAGGCUGCUGGCGCUUCCGGCGCAAGGCGCUCUGCGGCAGGCGCUGCUGACGGAUGCCCUGGCGCUUCGCAUGCAGAUUCUCGUCUUUAACAGCGACGCACGGAGGAGUCGCGGAGGGCGCGGCACCAGCGGCGAAGCGACUCCAACGCGCGAUCAAGGAAGCCGGAAAGACGCGGAUAGCGCAGACGCCGCGAAGGCACCGAUCCACUUCGAGCCGGAGCGCGGCGGGUUUGGCUGCGCGGCGAGCACCGACUGGGCGGAGAGACGCGGUCGCGGUGAGACGCGCGCAGAAACCGCGGCGGCGAUGGCGGCAAGCGCUGCAGACGAGAACGACGAAUGGGGACGUGCUUACAGCGCAGAGCGUGAGCGAGAGGCCCUUACUCAAUGGCUGGUCUGUCACUCGGAGUUUGACUUGGUUCGCUUGCAGAGCACAAGCCCCGAAAACUUCGUGGAGCGCUUCCUCCUCGCGCUCUCUCAUUCGCCCGCCUCUGCGCGCCCUUCGCAUGCCUCGGCCGCCCUGCACCCGGGCUCGUACCUCGGCGCCUCUGAAGCGCUGGCGACGUGUACCGCGUGGAUUGACGGCCUCGAGGCGCUGGUGGCCGAAGGCCUUCCGUACUUCGCGGCUUGCACGCAGCGCGCCACGGUCUGCCCGCCGUUGCCGGUCGGAGGAGCGAGUCGAUCUGCGGCGCGCGAGACGAGCUCCGCGACGAUUCAGCGCGCGUCAGGAGCCUCCCUGCCUUGGGCCGUCGAGCGCGCGCUGACGCUCGCUGAGGCUGUCGCGGAGUCGCUGGCGGCGGGCAUCGCUGGCGGGCGGCGGGGACGGCGCGCGGGCGUGUGGGCGCCUGCGGAGGAAGUGGUGUGCGGCGAGGCCGUCCGCGCGCUCCUGCUUCGCCUUCUUCUCUUGCUGCUCAGCUCGCCUGCGCGCGCGAGUGCGCGUGGAAGGAACAGCCCAUCCGGUGCGCGACCUCGACCGUCGCACGCAGGCCAAGGCGACGGCCGUGACCCUUUCCCUUCACAGGAGGCGGGGGAGAUCAGCAGCGACGCAGACCUACGUGAGGGAUGCGCCGCGCGAGAGGCGCAGCGGAGAGGCCUGAGGCUUCUCGAGUCUGAAAUGCACGACGCUGUGAGUUCGCGGAUAGGCCGGUGUCUCUUUCUCAGCAUGGCGACGCUGCCCGCGAGCGCCAUCCUCAACCUCUUUUCGCUCGCCGCGCCACGACUGCUCGCUUGCGAGGAGACGCGAGCGCGGAGAAGUCGCGCGCCUGCAGAAGGCGAGGCGCCGCAAGAGGACUUCGCAGACAGGCCGCAGGAGGAGGCGCAGCACACGGCAGCCGACACACGAGAGAUGCAGGAGAAGGGCCUGGAGGGCGAGGAGAUUCUAAGGCGGCUCGCAGGGACAGCCCCGGGAGACCGGGAAAGCCGCGAGGGAGUUUGGACCUCAGGUCAAGUUUCCACCUCCCACGGGCGGCUUUUCCUCGCGCUGCUGGCGACGCACGCGCGCAGCGUGUUUGCCUGCUGCUGCGCAGAACGGCCUUCGCAUCCUCCGCAGGCGUCUCCGUCAGCCAGCGCGGAGACGAACCAAUCCCUCGACAACCGACGCGAGGCGAUCCCGUCGCGCGCGGCGUCCAGCGCUCAGGCGCGUUUCGACGCGCCCGCGCUUUGCACUCGCGAGUAUUCCUCUUCUGUUUCUUCCGCGCCAUCUUGCUCUGCUUCGGCCUUCUCGCCGCUGCUGGCGCGUCGCUUCUUCGCCGCUCUGCGGCGCCUCGUGCGCGGGGUUCGCAGGUCUGGGGCCCUCCCCUGCGCGACUCUAAGUGAAGCCAGACAGGCGCCUACGGCAGCAAAGACAGGCAAUGGAAGCCGCGACGAAGUCAAGGCACCCGCCGGAGGAAGCAGCGGAGAGCGCGGGCAACGCGCCGAGGGACGCGCGGCGUCUUCCGCCAGCGAAAAAGAGGCUGCAUCCGACAUUGCAGCAGCGGCUGAAGACGCCGCCAACGAAGUGGCGAGCGAUGAAGAUCUCCUCGCGCGGGCGGUGCUGACUGGACUAGGAACGCUGCACGCGUGUCAAGCCCGGAGAGAGGGAACGCGCCAUGCCGCGGAGAGACGUCAUCUCUCUCUUCGGGAGGAGCUCGAGGAACGGCGAAAGGCCGCAGGUGCGCCGAGAAGCCGGAGGGCGGAGGCCGCUGUCGCGCCCGGGACCCCAGCCGGUGUAGCGCCUGCCCAUCUCACCGUCUCCCCACCCUCCUCGCUUUCCUCUCUCCACGGGUGUCUGGCACUCCCGCUGGGGCGGCUGCUUCACACCGUGGGCUCCUGGCCUGCCCUUCUCGCGCUUCUGCCGGAGUCGCCUGCGCUCGACGCCGUCUUCGCCUUCGCACUCGCGGCCCUUGGGCCUUCAGCGGCAGAGUGUCUCUCUCCCGCGUCGCACGGGACGCGGCCGUCGUCGGGCGCCUCUGCGCCAGCCUCUGCGGCGCCCGCUGUGGGCUCGCGCCUCCCGCAUUCCCUCGCCGAGGCGCCUGCGUGCGCGCUGCCGUUCUCAGGUCGCGCGGCAGUGCUCACGGGCGCGACUGGCCUUCUGUUGAAGGCUGAGUUGCUGCGUGCGCUGUGCCUCCGCACGGAGCAGAGAGUCACAGACCAAGCGCCUGCCGCGGGGCGCAACGGAGCCUCGCCGCCGUUGGCGAAGCAGUCACUCGCCCCUUCGCCUGUGCCAGAGGCGGCUUCACUGCCUUCGCAUGCCGCCUCCCGUCCUGAAGCGCUGGAGCCUAAACGAGGGAUAGGAAGCCCGCAGCUCGGCUCAGAGGCGGAGGCGAGAGCGCCGGAGACCUUGGACGCGGGGAGGCAGCGGCUCUCCGCUUGCGUGGCGCAGCUUCUGCGGCACGUCGACGUUUCCAUGGCCGCGCGCUUUCCGCUGUCUUCCCGUGACUUCACCGAAGUCGCCCAGGCCUCUACGGGCCUCGCCGCCCUCCAGUGCCUCUCGCCGGUCUCUGCGCUCUUUCGGGUUGUUGAGGAAAAUCUAAAACUCCGCCGAGACGCGACGCAGGGCGGCAAGGCGCCGCGCGGCGCCGCGGAGCCCUCUGCAACUGACGCGGCGCGUGCGGCGGCGACGGAGGACUUUUUUUACUUCCUGUUCCUUCUCCGCAGCAUCAUGGAGACGCUGCUCGACAGCGUCGCCUUUCUGCGGUCCUGGGCACCGGCCGUCGACCGCGAGACAGAUGCGCAUGUUCUGUUUUUUGAAACCGAUUGUUCCAACCCCAAGGGCCUGGGAGUCGUUCAGCUUCUACAGCGGCUGUUUGCGGCGUUCCGCGAAGAAGGCCAUCUGCUUCAGGCGUCGUUUUUCCUCUUUUUGAAGCGUCUCGUCCGGGUUGCUGCAGCAGCGCCUCUCCGCGUGCGCGCGCCGAUUCUCCUUCUCUCCGUGGAGACCUUCUGCGCCUCUUCUGCGGCGGCGCCUGCUCUUCGCGCCUCGCCCGCCUCUUCAUCGGCAGCCAAAGCCUCUGCGGAGGACUCUCGCCCGCGCGGGCAGCCGGAUAUCUGUCCUUUGCCGCGAGACGAGGGCGACAGGGGCUUGCGCGUCGCCGUCAUGGAGCGCCUCUGCCUCCCCCUUUUGGUUCGCGAGAGAAAUCGCAGCUUUCUCGUGUCCCUCUGGAAGACGCUGUGGGCGCCGCUCUCCGCGCUGCUCAGUCUUGCGAGCAUCCAGGCGGCGCUCGCCGGCGCACGCGACCUCGACAGCGCGCUCGCGGCGCUUUCAGCCGCAGGCCGAGGCGCCGCGUCUACCUGCCUCCUCCGGCAGGCCGUGGCGCGCGCAAGACACCGGGGGAGCAGAGGCGGGAGCAGAACGAGAGAGGAAGGCCGAAGCGACGAUGCGGAGACUGCCAAACGCGUCGGGCUCUCGCUAGCAGUUGGAUGGUUGGUCGAACGCGCCGCCGUGGCCCUGGGCGUCUUCGAAGUCCUGCUGUGCGUCACGCCGGCGGCUGUCCUGCGGACGACGGUGGCACCCGCGCUCUUCGCCGCCUCGACCCGGGACGGUGCUGGGGCCGGCGGCGAUGGCGCGACUGCCGCAGCUGUGCUGAGUCGCGCACUCCUUUCGGCAGCGAACGCCGCCAAGUCGUUCCUUUCGUCUCAGGCGGCCUUCGUCGUCCCUGUGGCUUCUGUGGCGUCGUCGGCGCCGCCGCGGCUUCCGCCGCUCCACGCGCCUGCGCUGGAACGGCAGAUCUGGCGGCUGCGCAUGCGGGGCUGGAGCUGUUUGUCUGCGGUCCUUUGCAGCACGCAGUCGCGCGUGCGUCUCUUUGCUGCCUUUCUCUUCGAGGCUGCGCAGUGGCCGCUGCUCCUCAGGUCCACCGCCUUCGAGCGCGCCGCCGGCGGCGACCUCGCGUCGCUGCUUGAGCGACGCGCGCCGGCGGACGUCCUCGCGGGCGGGCGCGGGAGCGGCCCUCGCGGCGCAGCGCCUGCGGCCGCGAGGGAGGAAAGAGCAGCGGCUGCGGAGGGCGAGCGGAGCGGCGCCGCCUCGACUGGGGUCGGCGGCAUCCCGCGGGCCCGCUACUCGCUGGCUGUGGAAGACGAGGACUACGUGGGCGAGCUCGAGAGAGACGGCGCGAUCGCCAGCCAGACAGUCGCAGACGAGCGAUCAGAGGGACAAACGAGAUGGCGAAGAGAGCGGCAGUUCCUCCCAGACGAAUGUCUCUCGGAGCCUGCAGGCCCCAGCCUCCUGGACGUCGCGGCCGCGACGGCAGCUGCGGCGGCGUCGUUGCCGAGCUCGCAGCUCCUCGCGUCCUCCGACGUCGCGCCGCGCCGUGCGCUGGAGUCGAGAAGGCCUCCGCUCGCUGCAGCCGCGAGCAACCUGCUGCUUCUCUACAGCCAGCGGCGCGCCCUGGCGUCUGUCGCAAGCUCCCUCGCUUUGCAGAGCUUCGCGUCGCUCCGCGCCGAGAGACGCGCCGCGCACGCCGGCGCAGGCGCAGGCGAGCGAGGAGAUUCCGAGCGAGUUUCCUUCGUCUUAGCAGCUGCGGAGGACGGCAGGCGGACUCCGGCUUCAAUGUCGGCCCCGAGCGCCUUCGCAGCCUUUUCGCAGGUUGCCUCGAGGCUCGCGGCCGCGGCGGGCGACAGUGCGGCGGCGCAGUUUGCACAGCGCCUGAGCGAACUCGCGAGGCAGCACGAAGGGGGCGAGGUCGACAGCGACGGCGCCAGGCCGGGGUGCUGCCUGCGAGCGGAGGACGGUGAGAGGAACGCAGCGGACGAAACGAAGGUGAUAGAUGAGUGCGUGUUUCGAGUCCUAGCCGGCUAUAAGCUGGUCGCCGCGCAAGCAGAGGACAGCCAGCCAGUGCUGGGCGUCGAGCGAGAGCUCCUCGAGGACGACUUCAUCAACCGCUGCCCUCUGCUGCCUCUGCUGCUGCGUCUCCUUGACGUCCUCCUUCUGCGCUUCCCGCCUGCGUACCCUGGGGAGCCGACUGCGUCUCUCCGCGACCCUUCCUCUCCGGCAGCGGCCGCGGCGGCCUCUGAAGAGGCGCGCGCGCCUUCUGGCGACCUGCUGUCUCUUCUGCAUCUCUUCAUCGACGCAACAGACGAGGCGCGUGCGCCGAGUGAGUGCGCGUGGGGCCUGCGCCUGCUCGUGCUGAGGCUCCUUCAGCUGCGCGGCGGGGCUCUGAGGCCGCUCGCCCUGACCAAGACAAAGGAGAGAAAAAGCCUCACCGAGUUCGUCCUCGAAACCUGCCUCGACUGCCGCUUCGCCGUAAAAGGAGUGCUCCACUACUUGCUCAGAGAUGCCUGCGUUUUGCUGAUUCGGUGGCUGCCGGCGCCUCUCGCCAGCCUGCCGCGCGACGAGGAGACGCGGUGUAUGUACGCCGCAGCCCAAGCGUUCGCGGCCCGCACUACGCUGGGCGACACAGUCAUUUUUUCGCGAUUCCUCGAAAUGCUCACGCGCGUCGUCACUCACCCCAAUCGAUUCUGGCAGCAAGUUAACUUGAAGCUGUUCGCGCUUCUGUUUUCACGGUUCAACGCGUUGCUUUCACUGAGGGCCGCGGGUUCUUCUCGCUCACCCGAAACUCCAGGAGACCUUGCGUCGCCCUGCCUCACGUUUCCCGGCCUGCGGCUCACUCGCUUUCUGCUGUACGUCCACCCCGAGGUCGUUGCAUACACCGCCGCCUUCCGCCGCACGGGUUUUGGCCUCGCAGGGCUCUUUCUGGCUUCUGCGGAGGGCCAGCAGGCCUACAGACAUCUCGUCACGAGCUCGAGGAGUUUCCUCUUCGCGUUGGUUGAGGGCUUCGACUUCCCGACGCUGCCGGUGGCGCUGCAGGCCGCUGAGCUCGCAGUCGCGCUUUUGGUGCCGCUGCCGGCCGCCGCGCCCGCUUCUCUCCCGUCUGCGGAGGCGUCCUUCGCGGGGGGCGACCUUGCACGCCUCCGCGAGGCGCAGCGGCUUCAGGGGCAGCAGGUGCUCCUUCUGCGCCAGGUCUUCCUGAAGGUCGCGCAGCUGCUUGUGCGCGAGAAGGCCGCGCUUCAGGGCGAGCGCGUGCUCGUCGCGGGCGUGCCGCGAUCUGAGGCCUCACCAGCAGCUCCGUCGGCGGCGUCUCCGGCGACUCUUCGCACGCAGGGGGCAGAGUCGGCGGAGAGGGCGGCGUACCGCUACGUGUACGACGGGCGCCUCUUCCCGAUCUUGCGUUGUUUCCUCUCGGCGUUUCCUUUCCUCUUCGUGGGGCCGCCGAGCGCCUCGCGGUCGCCCUCGCCGCGGCGGCUGUUUGACGCACUCGUGCAGCUCCUCCUCCUCGCGCAGGAGCCGGCCGCGGAGCGGGACAGAGUCUGCGCGCGGCGGGAAGCGACGGCUCGGUUGCACAAGCAAAUCGACAUCCUCGGCGUCCUGCAGGCGACGCUGAGCGCGCCGCUUUCGCGCGAGAGUGCCUCAACCGAGGCGGCCGACCUGCUUGCCGGCGAGGAAGGCGUACUGCCUGCCGCAGCGGCGGCCUCCUCAAAGGAAGCGGAAGAGCUGAAGGCGCUGUGUGUGCGCGUCGCGCGGCGAAUCCAAGCGGAGGCUGAGGCGCAGACGAAGGGCGGUCGCCCGGGCGAGGGAGGCCGGCGCGAGGGCGAAGGCGGCGCGAGCGCGGCUCUCGAGGGAAGAAGAGACAGCGCCGCGGGGCACGGCGACCGCAAAGGGCGAGGAGGAGCCGAGAGUGGCGGUGCGACCAGCCAGACGCCUGAAGGCGGAGCGAACGACGACGAAUGGACAGAUCCUGAGAAAGUCGUCGCGUACCUGGCCGCCUGGCAGGACCAGCAGAGGGAGGCGGCGAUGCGAGAGCUGAAUCCGCUGUGGCCUGCGUUCUUCGCGCACAGCUCGGAGUGCGAAGUUGAGACCUUCGCGCCUCUGCACGCGGCGGCUGCGUCGUUCAUCCGCUCACUUCUACCCUUCUUUCGAGAGGGCGAAGACGAGGAGGCGUUCGGUGCAUGCCUCUCGGCGAUGGCGGCCGCCGCGGACGCGAUUGCGAAGAGCAUUUUCGCGGCACCUCCGGGGCUGGCAUCGUCCACGACCUCCUCCUCCGCCGCGGCGGCGGCGUCGCGCUUCCUCCUGCUGCACUACGACAUCUGCGCGUGGCUGCAUGACAACAGAGAGGGCUACGCAGACAGUGCCUACGUUCGCGAUGUGCUCUUCCGGCAUGUGCCGCUUCCAGCGCUGCAGCGGCGCCAGCGAAAGUUUCUCUUCUUCACGCGGCGCCGCACUCCGCUUCUGCCGCCUUCGCCCCUGGCGCGCGUCGCCGAGCUGCUGCAGAUCUCGUUCCCCCCCGCCGCCGGGACCUCGCUCGUGCGCCUCCUCGCGGACGCCGUGGCGACCGCGCACAUGCAGGGGGAAGAAGGCGACGAAGGAGGCAAAGAAAGACGCGCGUCCGCACCGCCGCCGCUCUCGGCUGGGCGGGCACAGGCAGUCGAGAGCGACGCUGGGCUGAGCUUUCCGUUCCGCGACUCGCUGCGCGCGCUCGACCAGUCUGCGACCGUGCGAAGAAGCGACGGAGGCCCCGGAGACGGGGCGCUGGCAGUUCGAAGGGAGAGCGCGACUCGCGGCGGAUCUUCGGUGCCCAUUCCGCGUCUCCCCGUUCUCCUGCCCGCUACCUCCUCCGCGUCGCUGGCGGUCCUUGCAGACUCUGCGGCGCCGACGAGUCGCCUCGCAGACGAAGCGCAGAGAAGCGUCCACACGCUCCGCCUGCUAGAGAGCUUCCAGGCAGCGGCGGAGGUGCAGCGGAGAGUGCCCGCGCUGAAACCGGGCCUUCAAUCCUGCGCCGCGAGGAGUUCACAACGAGUGGUGCGCCGUCGCCGCGCAACCGAGGAGCUGAUGACUUUGCUCUCGGCUCUCCCCAGGCUCUGCAGGCACCCAGCGUCGCUCGUCGCCACUCCUUCGCUGUUUCCUUCGUCUCCCCAGCCUCCAGCAAAGGCCUCCGCGGCUGCCGGCGCAGAAAGCCCCCCCAGCCUGGAUGGCGCAGGUCGCAAAGAGGAAGAGGCCGAGGGACUCCGAGGCGCGAGCGGACGGCCAGUCUCGCUGCGGGAUGGAGAGCGCUCAGGCGAGCGCGCGGCGCCGGUGGCUAGGCGCGCGCUGAGUCGACUGCUGGCAGCUUCCCUGAAUCCUUCCCAGGGGCCUCUCGCCGAGUUCUUCCAAGACCAGGACUCCGACGGGAAUCCACUCGCGCCGCUGCUGCCUCCGCGUGAGUGGCGGCCGGGGACGCCGUCGAAGAACUCUCUCGGCUCCGCGACUCCGAGAGGGCGGGAAGCCCGUCCACUCAGCGCGCCGCAGUUUGCGGCGCCUUUCGCGUCUUUGGUUUCUCGGGGAGGCCCCCGUGGCUCGUUGAGGUCGGUUGGCGCGACCCUGCCGCCGUCGGUGGAGUCGGCCGCCGCGCCACUCGCCUCCAUCCGCCUCCCUGGCGAGCUUCUGGCUGGCGCGCGCCCGGCGCAGCCUGCCGCCUCUGCGGUCGCCUCCGCCACGGACUCGACGGCCUUCGCGGCGUCAGCUGGGCUCCCGGCGAGCCGCUUUGGAGGCGGGUCGGUCGCGAAGGCUGCCGCAAUCGCCCAGCACUCCCGCGUCUCGCUCCGCCUGCGUCGCCUCCUCGAGAGGCGAGAAGCCCGGCGGCGCGGCGCUGGCGUCGCGCCGGCGCUUCUGCUGCCUUCCAUACUUGCGCGGAAUCGCCGAACGGAGGGCGCCCCGAUGCGCGGCGUCCACGGGGACGAGGUAGCUUCAAGCGCUCAAGACGAGCGCGUCGCUGUCGUGUCGGUGGAAGAUGUCCUGAGCAGCAUCGCCCAGCUGUGCCGGCUCGACGCCGCCUUCGCGUUUGAGUUCGUUCGGCACGCCCUCCAGGGCCUCUACCAAGCUGCGGCCUCCGCGUGCACUCCGUGUGGCUUCCGCGCGUCGCCUGCGCGUGCCUUGGCUCUGCUUGCUGCCGGCUUCGUCUCGUGGUCGCCUCGGCAGGAGCUCGAGGCCUUCGAGGCCAGCGUCGCAGCCGCGCUGGGGCGUCUGGGCGAGGCGCAGGGGCAGGAGGGAGAGGCGCCCGUCGCUGCACUGCUACUUCAGAUCUCGAGCGUGCUGCGGCCUUCUGCGCUUCGCCGCGUCUCGCCUGCGGCGGUAUUCGCAGCCGCGACGGCAACCGCGGGCAAGCGCACAGGCCGCGAGCUCGAUAUUCUCAGUGGCGGCCGGCUGCUGCUGACUCGCGCGUUCGCCUCGCGCCUGCAGCGGACGGUGGAAGACGUCUUAGGGACUAAAGAUCCCUUCGCUGUCUUGGAAGAGGUCGCGGCGGAGGCUGCUGCAGGAGCGAGCGGAGACGGGCGGGCGAAGUGUCUCGUUUACGCGGAGGCGCGACGGCGCAUCAGCGACUCGGGAGGGUCGCUGGUGCUGAUGUAUUGCCUUGCGCGCCGCCUGGCAGACGCUCACGGCGGGCGAGGCGCAGACGAGUGCAGACACGAAGCGAGCGCGCUGCUCACAUUUCUCCUCGAAGAAGAUAUCUUCGGGCGCGCCACGCGGCGGGCGUUUCUGCUCUUGAGAGACGGAAAGCUGCAGGAAGGCGAGGCGCUCGUCCGCAGUCUUCUCGCGGUUCCUGAGCGCAGGCUGCUGCGGAGAAAAAGCGGCAAGGCGCCAGGCCGCACCGCGCGCGCGGAAGCCGCAGAAAACGACGCUGAACUGGGCACCACAGAAGAGCGAAGGCGAAUUCGAGCGCCCGGCGGGGGCGCGGCGGAGGGAGGGAACGUGUCGGUUGCAGCGGAAAGCGACGAGGAAGGCGAGAAUGGGGAAGAAGAGGAGACGCAAGCGGAGUGGCUGCUCAGAGACGUCCACGUGCACGCUCUUCAAAGUCUCGCCAGGCAAGCCGCGAGAAGGAGCGACUGCGGAGGAAACACGAAAGUGUCUUCCGUAGCCGGACCGGGGUUGGGUUCUGCCUCUGUGUGGGAUGACCUCGUCGGUCUGUGCACCGCGCCCGCGGCGGCGAGCCUGGCGCAAGGCGCGCGCGAGCCCGCUUCGGAGCGCGAAUCCCCCGCCAGCGCAGAAGAAAGAGAAAUCUCAGGUCACGACGCGGAAGAAGGAGAGUUGUCGGGUCGCGACGCAGUUCAGAUGCUGCUCUUGGGCGAGGCGGCGCCUGUGCGCGCGGCUCUGUUCCUAUCCCUCCGCGGCGAUUGCGAGGCGUCUCGCUGCCUAGACCGCCUUUCCAACCUCCUGCAGGACGCGGGAGACGCUGGAGAGGAGCAAGAUGCGACGUUGGAGGCGCCUUCCGCGUUCUCCGCUGCCCUGGCGCUCCGCCGGUCUCCGCGUUUACUCCUGCUGCUCUCGCUGCACUCGCUGCAGGCGCGCAGCAGCAUCCCGCCCGCAUGUCUACUCUGUCUCACCGAGCUGUUGCCCGCGGCGUUGCUUCAGAUCCUCGCCGAGGCGCUGCCGGCCGCCUCGUCGUUUUCCCUCUCCUCCUUCGCAUCCUCGCUGUCUCUGCUGUCUCUCGCCUGCGACGCGGAGCGGCUGCUGGCGUGUCUCGCGUCUCCCGCGCCCGCGCCGGAGGACGUCCUUCUUCCACAGCUGCAGUCUCUCCUUCGCCGCGUGAGCCCAGCGGCCUGCUCGGCCGCGCUGCUGCCGGCCCUCGCCUUCACUUGUUCGCAUAUUUUUUCUGCGUCCCUGUCGCCCUCAGCCUCGAAAAGCCCCGCCUGCGACCCGCCUGGAGGCGCGGCCUUUGCGCUCUCUGCGCCUGACCUUCUCGACCAAGCCCUCGCGGCGUUCGCCGCAGUCAAGGCGCUUAAGCGCAGAGCCGGUGCUUCUGAAAGGCGUUCGCCAAACGCGGUGGGCGGCGACCGCGGACGCUUAGUGGGGAAGUCUGAGAAAUACGAGGCGACGCAUCACGCCUCUCGCCGCAGGCCGCCGAAGCGCGAGGUGGGCGCGGGAUCGAGAGGCCAUCCCAGCGAGGACGUCGCCCGGUCUUCUGCUUUCUUCUCCUCUUUUCUCGGGUUCAUUGACGCCUGCGAAGCGACUGCGCUCGCGCGGGGGCUGCUCGCCCAGGGAGCUGCAGACGCAGGCAGCGCGUUCAUGAAACUCAGCCUGGAGCUGCAGCGCGAGCGGCUCGAGGGCCUCGAGGUCAUCGAAGCGGCAGCGCAGGCGACAGGUGCGGCCUCGCCGGCGCCCGCAGACGGCUGGAGGCUGGUGAAAGCCACGAGGGAGUGGGAAGAUCCUCUGGCCUUUCAGACGAUCAUCGAGCUGAAGCUGCGCGAGGUCGAGCGCACCGGCAACCUUAAGAAACUUGCGCACAUCAUCGGCCUCUGCAGCGCCGACCUCGAGGCCGCCCAGCCCCGCAGCGUCAACGGCGACUUCCUUUCCUUCUUACUCUCCAGACGACAGCGGCGCCUGGUCGCAGACGCGCGCAGGUUUGCCGUCCACAAGCUGCUUCUCCGCGCGCGAGAAGUCGCGCUGCAACUCAAGGGCGAAGGCGCCCGCGAGGCUGAGGGAGACGCAGCGGGGAUGCGCAGGCAACUCGCUCCGAGUGUAUGGACGCCGCUGUGGAACGAGGCCGUCAGACUCCGCGCCCGCGCGGUGGGCGAUGAUGCCGGCGAGACGCUGGAAGAGGAGGAAUCUCGUAGGCACAGCGAUCGUGCCGACAAGCGAAAAGAGGGCGGGAGGGACAUCUUCGGCAGAGGCGAGGCGACUAGACGCCGAGGGCGGCGGUUUGAAGCAGACUCGCAUGUUGGAGAGCCGCGGCAAGUGCGGGCGGAUCCAAGCGAACUUCUUCUCCAACACGCGCGCGUGUUGGAGGCGCACUGGGAGGUCGCACGCGUCGCGCAGCGGCUGCUACGCCUGCGUGAGGAAGCCGCGGAGGGCCGCACCCGCGCGCGAAAAGAUGACCGACUUGACGACGCAGCUGAAACGCACGAAGAGGCAGCGCUCUGGCGGCACGUGGAGGAGAACUUUUGCGUUUCUGUGCUGAAGCUCUUGGGGGAGGACGACUCCGCCUCGCCGUUCGCUGAAAAGGCACAAGACGCGUUUCCUGCGGUGUUGCUGCUUCUUGCCAGGGCCUCGCAGCUGGACGGAUCUACUUCGCCGCAGCCGCCUCGCUCAGAUGCGUCUUCGCCUUCCUCGCGGCUGCCUGCAGAGAGGCAGAGAGGCGACGAAGGCGUCUGGGUAGGGGACGAGGGAAGUCGCGGCGAUGCACAGCGAUUCGGGGGAGCGCGGGGCUUGCGUCGGCCGUCUCAGUCGACGGAGAGACGCUUGGAGCCGUUUUUCGAGACAUGCAGAGUUUUUUAUCAGAGCAUCCCGUGCUGGCGACUCCUUCCGCUCCUCGAACCUGCGCUCUCCUUCCUCGCGACCGACGCCCGCGGCAGACUGAGGCGUCUCCUCUUCCCUCUGCUUCUCCAGGCUGCGCAGGCAUAUCCGCAGACGCUCGCGUACCCGCUGAGAGUUGCGGCCGCCGCGCAUCGGCUGCGCUGCGGCUCCAAACCGGGCGCUUCAACGGCUCUCUCGGCUUUUUCGGGGUCGCCGCCGCUCGCUCCGCCCCCUUCUAAAGGCCCUCUGGCGUCUGCCACGAGCACCUCGCCUGAGUUUGUCUCCGCGCGGGAUGCGGAGGCAGACGAAGGCGGCGCGGCUCUGGCGCGACUUCUCGCGGAGGCGGAGAGACGGGCGCCGGCCGCGCCUCGCUUCGCCGCCGCGGUUGACCUCCUGCAGUCGCCUGAGCAGCGCGCCGAGCUGAAGCUGCUGCUGCCGCUUCUCGCACUCAUUCAGCGAGAGGCUGCCAGGCUGCGCGCCUCCUGUGCGCGGCGCCUGCGCGGCGCGCGCGAGAAGGCGAGCGAGGAGAGGAGAGGGCGGGAGCAGAAGCGACCGUCUGGCGAGCGAGACGAGGCGCAAAAAGCGGAACCAACAGACGCCGCGAAGGAAAGAGAAGAAAACGAUCUUCUGCUCAAGGAGCUCAUGCAGCGUGGCAGCGUCUCGCCGACGGGUCGCGCGGAACUCCGUAGGCUAUGGCGAGACGCUGUGGACUCCGCUGUCGUGGGCUCGCAUCACGCGUUGCUCGGCGACCGCGUCGGCGCGCGAAACGCGAUCUUCGCCUCGAAAAUGCAGGCGGCGGCGUUGCGGCUGCUGAAGCUCCCUCCAGAGCGCGUCUCAAGCUCGCCGCUUUCGUUUCUUCGAAAGACAACCGCACGCCUGGACGUGCUUUCGCUGCAGCAGCUGCUUCAUUUCCUGUCGGGCAUUCACGGGGCUACGCGCGACGCUGCGGCGGCCGUUGAGGCGUUUAAGGCUACACGCGAUCGAAGGAGUCGGCGCGGCUGCGCCGCUCGACACGCGGCGCGGCUGGCGGACUGCUGCAGUUGGCUCGCAGAGUUCGGCGGGAACGCGUUCGCCCUCGAGGACGCGGCCUUCGCUUCGCCUUCUGGGCGACCGUCUUCUCUGCCGUUCUUCGACUCCCUGGCGCCUUCUCCUCUCUCUGCUUCUCGCUCUGCGUGGAGUUUUUUUUCGGCGUCUGCUGCGGGUGGCGCCGCGUCUCCUCGCUUUUCUUUGGAGGUGCCUGGGCAGUUCGUGGACGGACCCACAGGCGCUAGGCUGUCUCCUGGGGCCGCCGUCGGCGUCAUCAGCUUCCUGCCCGAGAUUUUCGUCUUCCCGUCCAAGCAACGGCCCUGCCGGCUGGACAUCCUCAGCAGCGACGGCCGCGUGCGCGCGUUCCUCUGCAAAGGCGGCGAGGACCUCCGACUCGAUAUGCGCAUCCAGUCGCUGCUUCGCUCGCUCAAGCGUUUCUCGACCGCCGCGGCCGGUCCGCCGCCAGCGGACGCUACCUCGUGGCGUCCAGCUGCUUCAACGGACGCGCUGCGUCCGCCCGCUCCUUCGCUCGGUUCUUCUGCUUCGUCUUCCUCGUCGCUGGCGCUGCCUUUUUUCGACUCGUCGCUCUCUUCGUUUUCGGGUUCUCCGCUCUCUUCGCCGUUUGCGCGGCUGCGUACCUACACUGUCGUCGCGCUCUCGACCUCGCACGGGUUGAUCGAGUGGGUGCGGCACACGCGGCCGCUGCGGAAGGUGAUUGAAGCCUUUUCUGCGUCGUUUCUUUCCGCCGAAGAAAAUAGGGCGGAGCAAGCUCGCAUGCCGGAUUCCGCUGCUUAUCUGCAGACGACUGCCGCGUCGCGCCGCUUCGGCGCGUUCCUUGAGGCGUUGGCGCUGCGCGCGGCGGCUGAGCGAAGAGGACGCCAAGACGCCGAAGCAGAUCGCAAGAGAGAGGCGACGACCGCGGGCGGCGCCGGUGGCAAGGCGGCUGCGCGCGACCGUCGACUGCGGCCUGCGCGCGGGCCUCCCUUCUCUUCUGUCGCGACAAUUUGGGCUGAAGUCUACAGGCAACCGGCCGCCGUCGUGGAGCCUGUGUUCCUCGAUUGCGUGCGUCUCUCAGAGGGCCUCGGGGCCGUGCCCGCCUCUGCGGCUGCCUCGCCAGGCGAUGGAGGUCCGCCCGGAGACGCGGUCGGCAGCUCGCGCGGCGCACCGGAGGGGGGCGGGGCGGCAGAGUUCUGCGCCGACGCGCUGGUGCCUCCCGGCCGAGCCCUGGCUGCCUGCUUCGCGCAGCUCGCGGCCUCCCCCAGCGAACUGUUCGGCUUGCGCAGCGCCUUUGCAGCCGGACUGGCGGCAGGCGCAGCCGUGGGGUACGUCCUCGGCGUUGGCGACAGGCACCUUGACAACUGGCUGCUGGACUGCAGCAGCGGAGAGGUGGUGCAGAUCGACUUCGGCUACUCCUUCGACUCGGCGCUCUGCUCUCUGCCGGUGCCGGACAUCGUCCCCUUCCGCCUCACGCCCGCGCUGCUGCACGCGGUCGCGCCUCCGUUUGCCGUCUCCUAUCUCUUUAACUUCUUCUCCUCGGCGACUCCGGCGGCGACGGCGAGCGCUGGCCUCGCGGGCCGCAGCAGCUUGCCGGGCUCCACGCCCGGGCUCGGAAAGGCGGGCAAGCGCGCAGAGGCGACGGCGCGUCCGCAGGCGAGUCCGGAGGAGGACCUCAACCGUUGCAUGCGCGGGGCGAGCGGCGAGUUCCGCACCUGUCUGGUUCAGGCUUUGAAAGAGAUUCGGACAGCGACGUUCGCCGUGGAGGCGCUCGCCGAAGUCCUCAUCCGAGAUCCGCUUCUCGAAUGGCUUCAGGAGGCUGAAGCAAAGUCGGCGGAAGUACGAAGGGAGCAGGCGCCGCGUAUGCGACGACAGCGACGCUUGCCGCGGGCUGAAGCGCCUGCAGAGGCGUUCGCGGGCCGAAUGGCGGACGCUGAGACGAAGACGAGAAAAAAAAAGGCAAAGCGAGGGCCGCAGUCACCCAGACAGGCGGCUUCCAGUCCUCGAGGUGACGCAGGGAAUGCGAAAAACGCGGACGACCUCGGAACGCUGUUAGACCGUUUUUCCCGUUCGGCAUCUUCUGCAGAGACGGCACGCGCGUUUGCUGAGAUGACAGGCAAUGCGGAGACUGAGCGAACCGGCAGGCGCACGCGGAAGGCGCGUGCAAAGAGCUCGCGAAACGCAGAAGAGGGAGGGGAAGACAGGCCACUCCUGACGAGCCGCGGAAGCGAUGGAGAUGCGCGCAAGAAGGGCGACUCCGACGCCCACGCAGAAGGCACAGGCAACGCCGCUCCUGCCGCAGAAGAGAACGCGGAUGCGGCGACGGAAAUCGAGUCUGAUGACGAUUCUGCGAGUCCUCAAGGUACCCUCGAGCUCGCGUCGCAUGCCGCCGACGCAGUCGCGCAGUUUUGCAGGGAGCGCGAGCGAGCCAAGGAAGGCGGCGGGGAGAGACCGAGUGACGGCCAGACACAGACAGACGACGCUGGCGACGACACAGGCAGUGAUGCGGAGGUGGAAGGCGAGGAGACUCAGGGGCGAGGAGAGCAGGUUUCUGAGGGAGCAGUGGACGAUGACGCAGAGACAGGCUCCUCCGAAGAGGAGCCCGAGGAAGGCGACCACCGAGGCAGGGGGGAAGCCGCGGCGCUUCAGCGAGUCGUGGUGAUGCGAAGAAAGAUCCGAGGCGAGCACCCUUGUCUGAUUCUUCGCGAUCUUCUUCGAAAUCAUGUUCAGGCCUACGUGCGACAGAGCGUCGCGGACCCUGGCUCGCCGCUCGCAGGGAUUCUCUCGGGUGCGCAGCCUCUCCGGCCUCGAUUUUUUCUUCUCUCAGAGCAGGAGCGGAGACUAUUCGCCCGCGGAGGGGCGUCCACGCGAGCGGCAAGUCGAGCAGCCAACUCAGGACGCGGCGCGCCUCGAGACCGGGCUCCCAGCGACUCCGAAGCGGACGAGGAGCGAGAAAAAACUCCCGCCAGCGGUGGAGGGCUGCCGUCGCGCUUGACGCCGGAGGAGCAAGCGCUGUGUCUGUUAGACAUCGCUGUCGACCCCAAUGUCCUCGGGAGGGCCUGGCGCGGCGCGCUUGCCUUCAUCUGA